AUGAAGUUUGAGAGCGGCUUGGAAGAGACACUGGGGAGUGGGACUGGUUCCAUGGAAGCGUCAGGCUGUACAAGUCUGAUAUCACAAAAGUCAAACGAAUUCCAUCCAUGUACUAUAGAAGAAAAGCUUUGGGGGAACUUUUUUGCCAGAAAGAAUCACGAUGGAAGCCUAACUGGGUAUAACGAAGGUCAUGGUGGAGGUGAACACUUCGGUUCUGGUGGUGGUGGUGAUGGUGGUGGUACUGAAGGAGGGGGCUUCGGUGGCUGUGACAGUGACGCUGGUGGUUGGGGUGGAGGAGGAGGUGCAGGGGGUUGUGAUGGUGGGGCAGGAGUAGGUGGAGGCAGAGCAGGUGCUUGCUAA